AUGGGUGAAGGCAUCACUUUCAUCUCAGAUAUGCAAAAGGGCCUCAUUGACUCAAUCUCUGGAGUGCUUCCUGAGGCACACCACAGAUUUUGUGUUAGACACAUAGAAGCAAACUGGUGCAAGAGAUGGGGCUCUGGGGAGUACAAAAAAUAUCUAUGGUGGGCAGCUUGGAGUACCUAUGGGGAGGACUUCCAAGAUCAGUUGAAGAAUAUGAGCCAAGUGGAUGAUGAUGGCAAAGCUGCUGUUGAAGAUCUGUUAAGGUAUGCACCUACCUGCUGGAGUAGGGCCUUUUUUGAUAUAACUUGCAAGAACCAGUCAGUUGAUAAUAACUUGACUGAGUCCUUCAAUUCAUGGAUACUGCAAGCUAGACAGAAGCCAAUUAUAAAGAUGUUAGAGGAGAUAAGAAUCAAGGUGAUGAAUAUGUUGAAUGAUAAUGAAGCUGAAGUUAUGGGGUGGGGAGGUGAGUACAGCCCUAAGACUCUAAACUUGUAUAACCAAUUUAUGAGGAUUGCACAAAAGUGUCAUGUCAAUGGCAGUGCUGACCAAGGUUAUGAGGUGAAAGAAGAUAGUGAUAGGCAUAUUGUCAAUCUGGGAGCAAAAAAAUGCACUUGUAGGACAUGGGACCUUUGUGGAAUCCCAUGUCCUCAUGCAAUCUGUGCACUCUUGUACAAGAAGCAAGAUCCUUUGAGUGAGAUUCAUUGGUUUCUUUCAAAAGAGGCAUAUCUCCAGACUUAUUCUCAUAAGUUGCAACCUGUGAGAGGAGAAAAGUUUUGGAAGAUAGAGCCCUCCCAGAAUAUGGACCCACCUGAAUUUGUGAGGCAAGCUGGUAGACCAAAAGUAAAAAAGAACAAGGGAGGCAAAUGA